CAUUUGGGUUAAUUGCUAAACUCUUCAAAAUGGCGGCUUUUUAGAAAAAUAAUGAGAUUAUGUUAUUUGCAAUUUUCAUUACCAUUUUGUGUUGUCAGAGCACACAGAUAAAAUAAAUAGUUGUUUUGUGUUCAAGUAAUGAACAUUUUGAAAGUUUUUAGGCGUAAGUAUUGUUCGAUUGCUGCUGAGAAAAUGGUGAAGGUACUGAAUGUUGCAGAGAAAAAUGAUGCUGCUAAGUCGAUUGCAGAAGUGAUGUCAAGAGGGAGAACAAAUCGGAGGGAAGGAUUUUCCAGAUUUAACAAGAUUUAUGAGUAUGAGUACAUGUUGUUUAACCAGAAAUGUAACAUGAUGAUGACAUCAGUUUCCGGCCAUCUUCUUGGUAUGGAUUUUAUAGGGCAAUACAGAAAAUGGAACAGCUGUAGCCCAGCUUCAUUGUUUGAUAUACAAGUGGAAAAAUACUGUCCUGAAAAUUUCACAGAUAUUAAGCGAACAUUGGAACGAGAGGUAAGAGGUGCUCAGUUCCUUGUUAUAUGGACAGAUUGUGAUAGAGAAGGGGAGAAUAUAGGAUUUGAGGUCAUACAAGUUUGUAAAGCAGUAAAACCAAACAUUCAAGUGUACAGGGCGAAGUUUUCAGAGAUAACACCACAAGCAAUAGCCAGAGCCUGUCAAAAUCUGAUACCACCUGAUAAACGAACAAGUGAUGCUGUAGAUGUUAGAAUGGAGCUUGAUCUACGGAUAGGUGCUGCGUUCACCAGAUUUCAAACCAAGAGAUUACAGAAAAUAUUUCCAAGUGUUUUAGCGGAUCAAUUAAUAAGUUACGGAAGUUGUCAGUUUCCAACACUCGGUUUUGUUGUAGAAAGAUAUAAACAAGUGCAGGCUUUUGUACCAGAACCUUUCUGGAAACUUAAAGUAUCUUACAAACUGGAUGAUAUAAUGGUGGACUUUAACUGGAAAAGGGUGAGAUUAUUUAACUACAUGGCGUGUUUUGUUUUAUAUCAAAACUGUCUAGAGUCCCCACAAGCAAAGGUGGUGGAUACAAAAGGUCGGAGUAAAAGCAAGUGGAGACCUGUAGCUUUGGAUACAGUGGAAUUAGAAAAGUUGGCAUCUAGAAAGUUACGUAUUAGUGCCAAAGAAACAAUGAAGAUUGCUGAGAAGUUGUACACAAGUGGAUUCAUCAGUUACCCAAGAACUGAGACUAACAUGUUUGCCAAGGAGAUAGAUCUAGCUUCAAUGGUUGAGAAUCAAACAAGGGACCCAAACUGGGGAGAGUUUGCCAGUAGAGUGUUGGAGCGAGGGCCGACACCUAGAAAUGGUAACAAGACAGAUAAUGCCCAUCCCCCUAUACACCCCACCAAGUAUACUGACAGUCUACAAGGUAAUGAGAAGAAGUUGUACGAGUUUAUAGUUCGACAUUUCCUGGCUUGUUGUUCCCAAGAUGCACAAGGCUUCGAGACAACUAUAGAAAUAAACGUGGCUGAUGAACAGUUUACAGCUCAAGGCCUGAUGGUUACAGCCAAAAAUUAUUUAGAAGUAUACAUCUAUGAAAAAUGGAAUGCCAAGGAAAUACCAGUGUUUGAGAAAGGAGAUGAAUUUGAACCAACAUCAAUAGAGAUGAACAAUGGCGAGACAUCACCCCCACCACUGUUGAGUGAAGCAGAUCUGAUUGCAUUAAUGGACAAACAUGGGAUAGGUACUGAUGCAACCCAUGCUGAGCAUAUAGAAACAAUAAAGUCAAGGAAUUAUGUUGGUGUACGGCCUGAUGGGAGAUUUGUACCCGGCCAACUAGGGAUGGGACUUGUUGAAGGAUAUGAUGCAAUGGGAUAUGAAAUGUCAAAACCACAUCUGAGGGCUGAAUUGGAAGCUGAUCUGAAAAAGAUAUGUGAAGGGAGAAAAGAAAAACAGGAGGUGUUAGAUGCACAAGUUAGAAAGUAUAGAGAGGUGUUCCUUGAAGCUUGUAGACAGGCAGAGAAGAUAGAUGAGUCAUUAUCUACAUAUCUAGGUCAAGAUGCUCAACCUGCCCCACCCGAGGAACGGAUAGAGAUGUCUACCCCAGUAAUGAAAUGUCAUAUGUGUGGAUCAGAUAUGUUACUAAAACCAAAGAAAGACAAUAAAGGGUUUUAUAUAGGUUGUAUGGGAUAUCCAAAUUGUCGUAAUGCAGUAUGGCUGCCAGACUGUGUGGCAGAAGCAACUGUUAAUGACAGUACAUGUUCAAGGUGUGGUCCAGAUGUACAUCUAGUUAACUUCAAGUUUAAAAGAGGAUCAGUUCUUCCAACUAUACCAACAUCAUAUACAGGAUGUGUGGCUGGUUGUGAUGAUAUAUUAACUACAGACAUAGGCAUUAAAGUUUCUAGAUCUUCUACACAGACUACACAGAGAAAUAAUGGUCCUAUGAGAAGUCAGAAUGAUUCUGGUAUAGGGAGUUCUCUUAAUUCUUCAACAAGUUCUGUAUCAUCUAGAAACUACUCUACACAAUCAUCUACACAGUCUGUCAGUGCUAGAAACAGUUAUCCUAAUACUGCAAGGACCAAUCAAAAUACAUUUAACAACUCUAGCUUUACAUCACCUCCUAGCCAAUCAAAUCAAUGGAAUUAUAAUAGAACCAAUCAAAAUACAGCUAGGAAUUAUGAGACUUCUAGGACACCAUUGGCACCUUUGGCAGGAAGUUCAGGGAAUUCUGGGAAUUCAGAGUCAGGGAACAAUGUGGUGUGUAAUUGUGGGAAUGAUGCAAUACAACUUACUGUGAGGAAAGAAGGACCAAAUACUGGGCGACAGUUUUAUAAAUGUGGAAGUUCAGCAUGUAAUUUUUUCCUGUGGUCAGAUGAGGCUGGUAAUGAUGGAGGUGGUGGUGGUAGUGGUGGUGGCGGGCAUACCACGAACAGAUCAAGCUCAACCAGUUACACCAGUAACCGUUACACAAACAACAACAACUUUAAUCCUCCACCUAGUAAUCAUAGAAAUCAAAAUACAGAUCCUGGUGAGGCAGUGACAUGUCAGUGUGGUCAGACAGCAAAAAGUUUAACUGUCCAAAAAGAGGGACCAAACAAAGGGAGACAAUUCUAUGCAUGUCCCGCCCCACGAGGAGAGGGUUGUAAUUUCUUCCAGUGGGCAGAUGAUCAGCCUGGGGGAGGAGGAUUUUCCUCAGGAGGUGGUGGUGGUGGUAGAGGUAGGGGAGGAGGUAACGUUAGUCGAGGUGGAGGCAGGAAAAGAUCAGCACCAGGUGAUGACGGGGCACCUGUUAAAAGAGCAGCUAAGAAAUGUGGGCUGUGUGGAACUGAAGGUCACACCAAAAGAACAUGUCCGCACAGAUGACAAGUCCCAUUUCAUACGAAAGUUGAUUGUUAUUUAUUUGUUAAUUAUUAUAAUAAAUUUAUGUGAUAUGCA